AUGGCCAUCAUUCCGUGGACCGAUCAUGUCCCUUUCGGUCUUAUGGCCAUCAUUCCGUGGACCGAUCAUGUCCCUUUCGGUCUUAUGGCCAUCAUUCCGUGGACCGAUCAUGUCCCUUUCGGUCUUAUGGCCAUCAUUCCGUGGACCGAUCAUGUCCCUUUCGGUCUUAUGGCCAUCAUUCCGUGGACCGAUCAUGUCCCUUUCGGUCUUAUGGCCAUCAUUCCGUGGACCGAUCAUGUCCCUUUUCGGUCUUAUGGCCAUCAUUCCGUGGACCGAUCAUGUCCCUUUCGGUCUUAUGGCCAUCAUUCCGUAGACCGAUCAUGUCCCUUUCGGUCUUAUGGCCAUCAUUCCGUAGACCGAUCAUGUCCCUUUCGGUCUUAUGGCCAUCAUUCCGUAGACCGAUCAUGUCUCUUUCGGUCUUAUGGCCAUCAUUCCGUAGACCGAUCAUGUCUCUUUCGGUCUUAA